AUGUUCUUCUGUAAAUCAAACGAGAGGACCUGCAAAGCCCUAAAGGAGAUUCUACGAAAGUAUGAAGAAGCGUCGGGACAGAAAAUCAACUGUCAAAAGUCUGCGAUUACAUUCUCCAAACGUACACCUGAGAAUGUCAAAAGACGAGUCAAGAAUCUAUUAGGGAUUACCCAAGAAGGAGGACAAGGGAAAUAUCUUGGCUUACCAGAAGCUUUUGGAAGGAGGAAGAAGGACCUAUUCAAUGCCAUUGUAGAUCGAAUAUGUCAGAGAGCCAUCUCUUGGUCAUCAAAACAGCUUUCAAGUGCAGGAAAGCUAGUCAUGCUCAAAUCAGUCCUCUCUUCCAUGCCCACUUAUUCAAUGUCUUGCUUUAAACUCCCUGUGAGCCUGUGUCAAAAAAUCCAAUCAGUCUUAACACGAUUCUGGUGGGAUGGAAAUGAUGGAAAAAAAAAAAUGUGUUGGGUCGCAUGGGAUAAGCUUACACUCGGAAAACGAGAAGGCGGAUUAGGACUCCGGGACCUUCAGAGCUUCAACGAUGCCCUUCUCAGUAAGCUAAGCUGGCGGAUCCUUACAAGCCCGGAAUGUCUCCUCGCAAAACUGCUUAAAGGCAAAUACUUCCCGAAUUCCAACUUUUUAGAUUGUGACCUAGCAGAUGGCAGCUCCCAUGGAUGGAGAGGGAUCAUAACAGGAAGAGACCUCUUGAAAGGCAAACUAGGAAAGAUCAUUGGGAACGGGAAAUCUACAAGAAUCUGGGAAGACCCGUGGCUCUCGACCUCUGAACCUAUAAGACCAAUGGGACCAGCACUAGAAGCGUUUAAAGACAUGAAAGUAUCAGAUCUACUACUACCUAACUCAGGAAUCUGGAAUGAAGAGCUAAUCAAUGAAAUCUUACCGCAGCAUAUGGAAGAGAUCCUCUGCCUUAUUCUAGGGUCUUAUGACUCGGAUGAUAGAUUAGCUUGGCUCCCGCAACCCUCAGGGGAUUACUCGGUAAAGUCAGGAUAUUUCACAGCAAGAGAAAAGUUGAAUCCAAUUCACAUCCCUGCAGUUGGAAACGAAUUCAAUUGGAUAUCAGAGGUAUGGGAUGGGAAGUUUGCACCAAAACUAAAAAUUUUCCUAUGGAAAGCUGUCCAAGGAGCCUUACCGGUGGGGAACAACUUGGCGAUUAGAGGAAUCUUCCCACAAUCAAACUGUAUCCAUUGUGGCAGUCCGGAAUCAACGCUCCACAUGCUUUUCCACUGCCCCUUAGCGCAGGAGGUAUGGAGCUUGGCACCGUUCCGCAACCAAAUCUACUCAGGCAAUCUCACCAAUUUGAAGGAUGGAGUCAAAGCCCUGAACAGAGCUAUAAGCCUUCCCCCCACAGGAAUCAGAGAAGGUACGCUUGCUCCCUGGAUAAUGUGGAGUAUCUGGAUGACCAGAAACAACAAGAUCUUCAAUAGAAGAAGCUUCAGCGCCCGGGAAACGAUGAACCUCGCGUUAGUACGGGCCAGAGAAUGGCAGGAAGCGCAGGAGGAAUCGUCCGCUGUGAAAUUGCCAAGGAGAGCCCCACGAACCCGAAUACCCGAGAUCUACAUCCGCUGCCACACAGAUGGAGCCUGGAAUGAAGAAAGGAAGCUCGGAGGAAUGGGUUGGACCUUCCACCAAAAUGAGAAUCUGAUCUCUCAAAAGAACCUAGCGAAGCGAAACGUCGCAUCUCCGUUGAUAGCGGAAGGACUGGCGAUCCGGAGCGCUCUCGAACACGGCUUAGAUCUGGGUUUCCACUACUUGCAUGUGGCCUCAGACUCAUAA